AAAUCAACAGAGUCAGGCGUUAAGAUGAACUGCUUUAAAUCUCCCCUUGUCGGUGCCCUCGGGUUCACAAUUUUCAGCAAUGAAGAGUUUGAGGCUGCCUUUAGAAGAAUUGAUAAAGAUGGCAGCGGCUUUAUCACCCCAGAUGAACUUGAGGCUCUUUUAUUUGAGACUUACGGCUUCGAGCCUCUUGAAGAAGAAAUUGAAAUUCUCAUGAAGGAAUUCGAUAUUAACCAGGACGGAAAGAUCAGUCUCGAAGAGUUCAUCACUAACCUAGAAAAAGUUAAGAGCAAAGUUGGAGGUACUCAUCCAGGUGAGGUUGACGAAACUGGUAAGAAAAAGCCAUCUCUUGUUGAGGAAAUAAAUGAAAAAUAUAAAGCCCCUAUCACUUAUGCUCAGAGGGUCGGCUUCCAUCUAGAGGAUGAGACUGAGAAAGAGAUCAUGAAGAUGGAUACAUACCCUAAGAAUAAAUGAAGUGAGACUAAGUUUGCAGAGUCCAUGAUCAAGACUGGGUUUAAUUUCAUGUAACUCCAUUCCAAAUGAAUUCCUUUAA